ACAUGCUGUUGAACGAUCUGAACCUGCUUUUAGUCGCGAAUAAUGCAAGUCGGUCUUACAAAGACGUUACCCUAGCCAGUCUUAGAAACGGAUCCGCCUAUUUAGCCAGUAGUCAGAUCACCCGGCAAUGGACGAACAUGCACACGUCUUUGGUUGACGGUUGACCCCAUACUUUCCCCGCUACCAAGAUACUACCCCUCACACAAGCGGCGGAAUUUUGAACCCUGUACUACGACCUGUGGUAGCGAUCUUAACUACAAAAUGGAGGUACUUCACCCACUAACAAUGCAUCGCGCUACGGUGGGCAGAAGACAAUAUGCUUGGUACGAAGCAAAUCCUCGUGUCAGCCUUCCUGGCUGGCUUGGUCACCGCCCAAGAUGCGAUCACCGCGAACGGCGACAACUUCACACUGACUGGCGAUGAAGUUUCGUACCUGUUUCACGUCAACACAGAGAAUGGUGAUUUGAUCUCUGAUCAUUUUGGAGCUCCGGUCACGGACUUCGUCCCUCCUGCGUACAUCCUGCCAUGGGGUUGGCACGACAAUAAAGCAAUCGACCGACGUGAAUUCCCCGACAUUGGUAGAAGCGACAUACGUCUGCCAGCGAUCCAUAUCGAGCACUCCGACGGUGACACGGUGUCAGCAUUUCUCUACCAAAGUCAUGAGAUUGUCCCUGGCAAACCAUCCAUCCCUGGAUUCCCAGCAACCUAUGGUAACGAUUCUGAUGUGACUACUCUCCAGGUGCAACUCUACGACAAUGUCUCUGACGUUGGGGCUGUGCUUUCUUACAGUAUCUUCCCGAAGUACAAUGCCAUCGCCAGGAGCUUCAAGAUCACGAACAACGGAACAGGUGAUAUUGUCAUUGAAAGAGCAGCAAGUUUUUCUUUCGACUUUCCUAAUCUGGAUUUCGAAGUCAUUGAACCCCACGGUGAUUGGUACCACGAAAUGAACACUGUCAGGCGCAAGAUAGACUAUGGCGAGACGAGCUUCCGCUCUACCGAGGGCUACGCUGGGCACACACAUAACCCUUUUUAUGUGCUGACAUCGCCUUCCACUACGGAGCACAGCGGCGAAGCCUGGGGCUUCAACCUAGUCUGGACAGGCUCUUUUGAGGCGACAAUUGAAAGAACCUCAAAUGGAUAUGUGAGAGCUCUGCUCGGCCUCAAUCCGCUGCACACUAGCAUUCACGUUGCUCCUGGUGACACCUUCCAAGCUCCAGAGGCAGUUGCUGUCUAUAGCUCCUCUGGUAUUGGCGGCGUUUCGAGGGCUUAUCACGAUCUAUACAAGAACCACUUGUCUCGUCAUCAGGCAACUCACGAGACUCGGCCAAUUCUGCUCAACUCUUGGGAGGGUCUUUCGUUCAAUAUCAACGAUACCGCUCUCGUUGAUCUUGGUGGACAGGCAGCAGAUAUCGGUAUUGAACUCUUUGUCAUGGACGACGGGUGGUUUGGUGUCGAUUACCCAAGAAACAAUGAUUCUCUUGGCCUUGGAGACUGGACACCAAACCCGGCCAAAUUCCCGGAUGGACUCGGACCAUACAUCGACCAAAUUGUUCAAAUCGACGUUGCGAACGCAAGCACUAACGCGAGCACCAACACACCUUUGAAAUUUGGAAUCUGGGUAGAGCCAGAGAUGGUCAACCUCAACUCCACGUUGUAUAAAGAACACCCCGACUGGGUAUUGCACUCGGGGAAACAUGCAAGAACACUAACUCGAAACCAAAUGGUUCUCAACGUGGGUCUGCCCGAGGUGCAAAACUUCAUCAUCGACACAGUAUCCGGAAUCCUCGACUCUGGGUCAGUCAGCUACGUGAAAUGGGAUAACAAUCGAGGUAUGCAUGAGCUUGCACGCCCUUCAGACUCAUACAAGUACAUACUUGGCUUGUAUCACGUCAUUGAUACCCUGACAACAAAAUACCCAAACGUGCUUUGGGAAGGAUGUGCUUCCGGAGGUGGUCGAUUCGACGCUGGACUACUUCACUACUGGCCGCAGCAUUGGACGUCAGAUAACACCGACGCCGCAGACCGCCUGCAGAUUCAGCUAGGGACCAGCAUCAUCUACCCGCCAUCAGCCAUGGGCUGCCACAUUUCCAAGUCCCCCAACGGCAUCACCGGACGCGAUACCAGUUUCACGUACCGCGGCCACGUAGCGAUGAUGUGCGGCUCCUUCGGGCUGGAGCUCAAUCCGCACGAGCUGACCGAAGACGAAGUCGCCGAACUUCCCACCAUCAUGGCAGAGGCGCACCGAGUCAAUCCUAUUGUCAUCUCCGGUCAGUUUUACCGCCUCGCGGGUCCUCAGGAGAGUAAUUGGCCGGCUGUACAGUUUGUCAGUGCCGAUGGCAGUGAGGCGGUGGUCUUUGCGUUCCAGCAACAGUACACCACGAAGCCGGCACCGCCCCCACUCAAGCUGCAGGGCUUGGAUCCGAAGGCGAGGUACUUUAAUGACCUAGAUAAUGGGACUUAUAGUGGGGCUACGUAUGCUAAUGCGGGUAUCAAUGCUGGCUGGGAUCGCGGUAUCUACCAGAGCAAGCUGAUUUGGCUGGAGAAGCGGUGAGACGGCGCCGCACAUGGCCACAACAUCAGUCUGGUGUAUAACGGGGUGACAGAGUUGUAAUACAUUCGACCUCCACAGGCCCAAUACUGAUUAUUGUUAAGAAUGUGACAUAUGCCACGAGGACGGUU